AUGAUCCAGUUGAUCCCUCUAUGUCCUAUGUUGGCCAUCGCACCCGACUCGAGACCGGCGUAUUUCGUCGAGCUCUUCGCCCGAGCGGUGUGUCGAUUUGCCGGCAGAAUGCCUCUCGCUAAUGCUAAUAAGGGCAAGAAUACACCAGAUACUUGGUUUGAGAACCAAUUCGCCUCGGAUCCGCAAUGUUAUGUCGGCAACUUGAGGAUUGCGACCGGCUUGAAUAUCUUGAGCGUGAGGACUUUUCUUUGA